CAUUUAGAGAGAACAAAAUACUAAUACAACUUCUUUAACAAAGUGAAUGCUCUAAGCUAGAAAAAAAUACACAGCUGCAAAGUACUCACUAUUUGUUCCAGCAAAAAAUGGUCACUGUCGAGGAGCUCCGUCGGGCACAACGAGCCGAGGGGCCAGCCACCGUGUUGGCCAUCGGAACAGCCAAUCCUUCCAAUUGUUUUGAUCAAAGCACUUAUCCUGACUAUUAUUUUCGUGUCACUAACAGUGAGCAUAAGACGGAGCUUAAGGAGAAGUUUAAGCGCAUGUGUGCUGGAUCAAUGAUUAAAAAGAGAUAUUCACACUUAACAGAGGAAAUCUUGAAAAAGAAUCCUAAUAUUUGUGGAUACAAGGCACCUUCCUUUGAUGUUAGGCAAGAAAUAGCAAUUGUUGAAGUGCCAAAACUUGGAAAAGAUGCAGCCCAAAAGGCCAUCAAUGAAUGGGGUCAGUCCAAAUCCAAGAUUACUCAUUUGGUCUUUUGCACCACUAGUGGUGUGGAUAUUCCUGGGGCUGACUACCAACUCAUUGAACUUCUUAGGCUUGGUCCAUCAAUUAAGCGACACAUGAUGUACCAACAAAGUUGCUUUGGUGGUGGCGCCGCUCUCAGAUUGGCCAAGGACUUAGCGGAGAAUAAUAAGGGUGCUCGAGUCCUUGUUGUUUGCUCAGAAUUAAUGAAUGUGAUGGGCUUCCAUGGCCCAAGUGACACUGACUUAGAUGUUUUGGUUGGUCAAUCCCUCUUUAGUGAUGGGGCAUCCGCUGUCAUUAUUGGAUCAGAUCCUAUCUUCGAAGUGGAAAGGCCUUUGUUUGAGCUUGUAUUCGCAAUUCAAACUCUUCUCCCGGAUAGUGGACGUGUAAUUUAUGCUAACCUUAGUGAGGCUGGAUUGAUAUCCCAUAUACAUAAGGAUACUCCUACGUUAAUCUCAAAAAAUAUCGAGAAAAUUUUAGUGGAUGUAUUUCGGCCAAUGGAUAUUUUUGACUGGAAUUCAAUCUUUUGGGUAGCUCAUCCAGGUGGACGUGCAAUUUUGGAUCAAAUUGAACUAAAGUUGGGCCUAAAGCCUGAAAAGUUCAAGGCUACAAGACAUGUCAUAAGUGACUAUGGAAACAUGGGCAGUGCCUCUGUUUUGUUUGCUUUGGAUGAGAUGAGGAAAGCCUCUAUCAAGGAAAGGUUGGGUAGCACAGGUGAAGGCCUUGAGUGGGGUGUGCUUUGUAGUUUUGGGCCUGGAUUAACAAUUGAGGCAAUCGCCCUUCGUAGUAUCUCUAUUUAAGUUAGGAUUUAUUUUGUUUAUCGAUUCAAGUUUGAAUUGCCUCUUUGCUUUACAUUCUUUUUAUUUGCUAUUAUAUACUUGUCGUUACUAUUGCACAUUAAAAAUAAUGAUACUCUUAACUAACUAAAUCAAAUAACUCACUUUAUUUCUUGCUAUCUUUAUCUUCUUGGAGGUCUAAAUAAUAAUUUUGAUCCUUAAGUUACUGCUUUAUUAUGAUUCUGAUCUGUGUAUUACUCAACUAAGCAUAUUCAUCGAUCCUUCAAUCAAACAAACAGUAUAGUUUUAAUUCAAUCACUUCUAAGCAAACAGACUGUUAUCUCUGAAAUAUCUAUUUGUCUUUCAGAAAUUAAAAACAAAUAAAUAAGUCGAGAACCUAUAUAAAUGUCUAUCUCCCGUUGAGGAAAUUGAAAGAACGAACGAGUGAGCUAUGUAAAGAUUCAGAUACAUAGUGGCAUGCACCAUACAAAGUUUAAUGGGAUCAUUACCCAUAACUUUGUAAUCCAUAGACCAUAAUGUAGGCAUGGCCGCAUGGCAAUUAAUAAUUCACCUUGGUUUUGGUGCUUGAUGCACCACAUUAUCUUGAAGCAAAAAUAUAAAAAGUUUAGUACAAAGUACAUCCUAAAAAAUGAAUUUAACAAUAAUAAAUUUAGUCCUCUGCGCGUUAUGAUGUAAUAGUCGGAUUAGUUUUUUGUAUAUUUUAGUAUCUUAUUAAUGUUCCAUCGAAAAGAUAAAUUAAAUAAUUUAAUUUGUGGUUCAUGUUGACCAAAUUAUUGUUUCCUCUAUCAGCUUCAUCUUUGUUGA